AUGAAUCAUAACAACACAAACAGCAAUAUAUCGGAUAAUAACAGUAAUAACAAAUCAAAAAUACCAUAUGUUGAGCCAGAUAAUUUGAUAAUAGUAACAACGAAUUCAUCAUGCUGUGACAGUUUUCUUCGAUGUUUCUCUCUUCCACUCAAUUCUAGUGGAAAUGUGAACAGUUUGAUAAGAGAUUGGACAAUUGAUUUUUACUGGAACCGUACACCAGAAAUGUACGAGUUUGGUGAAGAGGGUUGGAGUAGUGUUGGUUCACCUGUUGGCGCAUUAUCAGGUGUUUAUGAUCUGGUUGAUGUGAAACUAAAGUACCGUUUUGAUAGAAAUUCUGGAUUUGACUUUCUAAUAAGUGGAAAUG